AUGAGAUUCUUCACUGCGUGUGAACCUGCGAGAACUCAUAGAUCAUCUGCCGAUACUGAAGAUGAGGUGAAGGAUAGAACGAACGGAUGGAAGAAAUAUGAGAAGACUUGGGAAGACCAAGAUCCCGAGGGAAGGUGGAAGAGAAAAGUAUGGGUGAGGAAGUGGAGCAAUGCUAGCAGUGAUGAGGGUGAAGAGAAUACAUCGCCUUUCAUUAAACGAGAACGUGGUCAUGGGCAUGGUAGGAUCGAUGAUGAUGGUGAUCACAAAAAGGAGGAUGUUGGGCCGGUCGGACAGGUGAACGUCUCAGGGAGGAACAAUGAUGAGGGUGCAUCUUAUGGUGCCGGUGAUCAGUCCGAGGACGAACGAUCAAAAUCCCGUAAUUUACUCAUCCUCGAUACAAUCCUCCGAACAACCUACCGAGCAGGAUACAACGACGCCCUAAAGAUCAAACCUUUCUUACCUUAUUCCGAUUCCACCUCGCCUUCGUCAUCUCCUUCGGCAAAUUCCAAUAUCAGCGAGUCGUCAAAUCCCAACAAUGGUAUUCUCCUUGUUGGUGGUUUGGUGGUAUUACUCACAGGAAUGAUAUCGUACAAAACGUAUAAUAGGAUGAAAGAAGUGAACCAAGGUUUACAAGAGGUUUUGGCUCUGGUGGAACUUACUAGGUCAAACGAAGCUAGUGCUGUGGGGAAAAUGGGAAGGGAAUUGUUAGGCAUUAAGAAGUUGUUGGAGAACGGGCAAGGGUUUCUCAGUUCCAAUGGAAAUGGAAAUGACGGUUCAAUUACUAAAUCGGAUGCAGAUUUAUGGAAGGACGUCAAGAAUCAAGCUAGACCGAAUCAAACUCCUUUCGACAAUUCAUUAUCAAUCAAAUCUCUCAAUACCCAACUUAGUGGAAAUAUCCACGAGGAUGAUAUCAAAUUGAUCUUGAACGAAUUGAAGAAUGAUCUAAAGAAAGAGUUCAGGAUGAUCUCCAAGGAUUUUAAUGCCCAACAAGGUGAUUUGAUAUCACUCAAAACCGACCUGGAAGCAAUCUAUCGAACUUUAGUCAAAAGCUCCUCCCCCUCGACCUCCUCCUCCGGUACUCGUGAUGGUACGAACAAGAUCAUUGAAGAGAUAACCAAACUCAAUACGGCAUCUCAUCAAGCCUCUGACAAAUUUUCGAAUCUCACUCGAUCUAUAAUCAAAGAUAUCUCCGGAGAAGUCAGCUUGACCAACCAGUUUAGUAAACAGGGUUUAAGCAAGUUGGACGAGAUUAGAAAUGUCUUAGAAGGGCUGGGAAGGGAUUUAAGGGAGUUGAAAGAGAAGAGUAAUUCUACGUCGAAAGUCGGUAGACCCAAAGGUAGUUCUUCUUCUAGCCCAGGAUCAGGCUCUGGUGGAUCUGGAUCAGUGCCGGCUGGAGGAGAAAGUCCUUCAACCCAAAGUGCCGAUAAUCCAGCGACGCCGACAUUUGGUACAUCUAUUUCACCAAGUCAAAGCAAACCCAAAUUUUCUCACAAUGCAGGACUUGGUCUAGGACUAGCAGGGAAUCAUGACGAUGUGAUGCCCUUUGGAGAUAUCAUGAAAGCCAUUGAGGGAGUGAAAAAGUCGUAUAUGGAUGAUCAGAGCAAACAGGCCAAAAAGGAUUCCUCGGACGAAGCAGAUGGGAAGGAAAUCAGUACAGCAUUUGACCUCAAAGGCUCAACUCCUAGGACAAGUGAAGAGGAUCACACUAAUGAUCUUGGGUUUGGGUCGGCUUCUGGAUAUGGACCUACUGAAGGAAUCAACUUCCAAACUCCCCUUGACAAAGUGAAGAACCCUUACAAGGUAGCAGUGAAGAUCGAUACGCCGUUAAAACCCAACGACACUCCUGAUCCCUCCAGUACGAAGUCUUCUGCAUCUAAAAGGGAGGCUGACGAGGAUGAAGAUCCACCAUCUCCUCCUCCAGCACCGCCACCUCAAUCAAGAGUAUCUUCAGAACCACGACGAAAUCGCCAACCGCAACCACACGCUCAUUGGUGGACUGUCCAUUCGUUGUCUCAUACGCAUAUCAACGAUCUAUGGCGAAUUAAGGGCUUCGGAUGGUAUCAACCUUCAUCUUCCGCUGAAAGAGAACCAGAACAAGUGAAAAAGGAUAGAGAAGAUGAGGAUCGAAGUAUUGGUGCGUGGGCUGUUGGAAGGGUAAGAAGGAGGUUUGGGGAUUGGCCUUUCCACUGA